AUGCAGCAGGUCUUGGACAACUUGAAUGACUUACCAAACUCUACUGGAGCCAAGGAUCUUGAUUUACUGUUCCUAAGAGGAAUCAUGGAGAGCCCAAUUGUUCGGUCACUUGCUAAGGCGCAUGAGAAACUGGAAGACACUAAGCUGGAAGCUGUGCAUGAUAAUAACUUGGAGUUGGUGAAGGAGAUCAUUAAUGAUAUCACUCCAAUUGCCAAGGAGAAUGAUACUGCAGCAGAACUCAGUCAUAUUCUCCAAGAACCACAUUUUCAGUCUCUGUUGGAAGCUCAUGAUUCUGUCGCCUCCAAAAACUAUGAAACUCCACCCCCAAGUCCAGAGUCUUAUAUGGACUCUACGUUCAACAAUCAGCCUGUCCCACCUGAUGCAGUCCGAAUGGUGGGGAUUCGCAAAGUCAAGGGUGAACAUUUGGGUGUAACAUUCAGGGUUGAAAACAGUGAACUUGUGAUUGCGCGAAUUCUUCAUGGAGGCAUGAUUGACCAACAAGGUCUGCUACAUGUGGGGGACAUCAUCAAGGAAGUGAAUGGAAAAGAGGUUGGGAAUGAUCCAAAGGUCUUGCAGGAAAUGCUCCAGAAUGCCAGUGGAAGUGUCAUCCUUAAGAACCUACCUAGCUAUCAGGAACCACAUCCUCCACGCCAGGUAUUUGUGAAGCGCCACUUUGAGUAUGAUCCUGUCAAUGAUAAUCUGACAUCUACUACCUCUCCUUUGUCCACCCUGCUUGUUACUUCCUUGAAGAACUCUAAAAGAUUUGUCAGCAAGAUUUCACUUCACAGAAACCAUGCUGCCUUUAAUUUAUUCAACAUUAGUCUCCAAAAACCAGCAGAAGCUAUUACAUCUUCUAUCCUGCUGUACAAUGAACAGAAGAAUUUGAUUGGAAUCAACCAGCUUAAGGAUUCGGUUUCCGAAACAUAUCCCAGGCAAAAGAUUAUCCUUUCCAAGAAGGAAGGCAAGGUCAAACUUAUCAAGAAGAAGACUUCUGCAAGAGGGCGGCCAGCAUAG